AUGGCAGCUGAAAUGAAGGCUUCGAUCCACCGCUUCCGCCUCCGCAGGCUGUCACCGUCUCCUGGGGCCGUCGGUCGGGCCCGAUCCGCUUCACCUCCAGUAUCUGCUGAUCAGCGAGAAGCGCAAGCCCGUGGACAGUAUCAUACUUCUGCUACCCAACAAGCAUCUGGCACUCGCACCUCAGGUGCAAAAACCACACCGCCAGCCUGCGAUCGAUGCCGCAGCUUUAAAAAGAAGUGUAGCCGUACCUUUCCUGUCUGCUCUCUUUGCGCUACUGCUGGUCAGCGGUGCUCAUAUACCAGCCCGACAGCCAACGCUGAGGCUCAGAUACACCAGUUGCGCUCUCGGGUAGAAUGGUUGAGUCAGUACAUCGAUCAAAAUCUCCUGCCACCGGGUCCACAGAAUGCAACUGCUGCCCAACCUCCACUACGCAGGCAUGAUGAGACGCUGGCAGGACAGCAAAACACUGAAACACCUGUGGAAGAGAGGGAUCCAGGCAGUGUGCGAACCUCCAGUAGCCACUUCUCACCCUAUCAGGGGUCAACCGAGGGAUCAACCACGAGACGAAGGUUGAUCGCUCGGCAGGCUUUACCUCCUGAUAUUGCACCGUGUCGCUUCGUCGAUGCCUUCUUCCGCCAUGUGAACAGAGCGUAUCCCUUUGUCGACCAGGCGAGAAUACGGCGAGAUCUUGAGACUCUAGGGGAUGCAUCUCCUGCGGAUCAAGAUCCGCCCAUGACAUUGCUGUAUCUCGUCAUGGCGAUUGGGUGCACGUCGCUCGUGCGGGCCGGGCAGAUCCCAAACGACACAGCACGACAAUUCGAUGUAGUUUAUCCAGACAUCAUCCAGGAGUGUCUCUGCAAUGAGAGUAUUGAGUCGGUACGGAUCCUUGUUCUGUUGGGAUUGUACUCCCUUUUUGAUCCGGCUGCAAUCUCCGCAUACUUUAUUGUUGGUAUCGCAGCACGACAGGCCAUGGUUAUCGGUCUUACUCGUCCGGACGAGAUGCCACGGACAGCAGUCGAGACUGAGCUCAGGCACCGGCUGUAUUGGAGCAUAUUUGUGCUUGACCGCAUGAUGUCGGCGUCGCAGGGCCUUCCAGCAGCGUUGACAGACGAACAUGCUGAUGUUCCACUCCCGGGUCUCACAGUAGAAGAAUUUGCCGGUCCAGACAGAGCUACAUAUGCUCGCAAUCUACAGACUAGUCGGCAUAUUAUUCAACUCAGACAACUGGAGUAUCGGAUCCUAAACACGAUACACUUUCAGCGGAAUGCGGAAACCUCGCGCUUGGGUCCUGCAGACAGACGAGCAAUACUGAACAGCCUGCGGUCCGAAAUAGAAGAUUGGUAUAGUAACGGCUGCCUCAUGUCGCCUAUGGAAGCAGACAACCUACCUAUCCACAGUAGCGUCACCUGGAUGAGUGCACAGUAUUACCAUUUGCUUGUUUUUCUUUACUUCCCAAAUCACUUCAACAGUUCAGUCUCACCGCCAGCUGUUACUAGCAAAGAACAGCUUGAAUUUGCCAGCAAACAACUUCGAGCCAACUCGGCUCUCCUUCAACAACGUCAGUUACCAUUGAACAGGGUCACGUUGAGUCGGCUACUGCCAGUGGGAUUGAUAUUGAUGUCUGGCUUUACAGCUGGUCAAGGGCGAACCCCUUUCGUAGCCCAGAACGAUUUAAUUAUUCUUGUCACGCUUCUCGAAGCGUUUCCACAAGGAUGGACGACGGCACGAGAGGCAGCCCAGAUACUACAGCAAUUUGUGGAUAUUGUUACAGGACCAGGGGGCAUGGUCACGACGUUUUUUGGCACAGCAACUGGGGAGACAAUGGAAGAGUUGGUUAGGCCAUGCGUUGUCAGCUUCACGGAAUUACUGCACCAGUUCCUGGGUAAGGCGACAUGCUUUCAAUCGAUCGAGUAUUCUCAGGAGAUACAAGAUGUCGAUCGGAUUAGUCAAGUCGGCGCUGUAGCGCAGCAACAAUCAUCGGCUAAUGCAUUAUGGUUGAAUGGAGCGAAUUCAGAUGAUGCAGGCGUAAACGAGGAAUCGGUGCUAGGAUAUGGAUGGGGUUCGUGGGAUCUUGAUUUCCUUUAGCGAGGCUCCGAAGAAAGCAUGGCAAGGUUUAGUUAUUGAGGAGCAGACAGUAACCGUAUAUGGGUAAGUAAGCCUUAUUGUUUGUCGGAGUGACGAUCUUGAGAAGUGUUCACAUUAGUUGGUAGCUAGUUGGGAACUUGGGAGAUAUACUGGGAAUCU